UCUUACUUUCGUCACAGACAAACAAAAACCACCAUGGAGGGAAGAUCGAUCAUUUUAUUCGUAGUAAUAAUUAUAUUAAUAGUUGUUUUUAUAUUUUUUAACUCAUCUAUUCCGGGUGAUAAAAAUUAUAAUGAACAUAAUUUUCAUAAUAACUUGAACUUAAAUCAAUUUAUAUUCCCAAAUAAAUUGCCGUGUCACGUUCCGUGUGCGCAAAAUGUUAAUAAAAUCAACAAUCAUUACAAUUAUCAACAAUUUGAACCCAAAACUGUCGCCGAACCAAAUUCUGCGCCAUUUGUAGCAGCAUUUUUGUUGGGAAAAGAUCAUGUAUUUGAUGGGGUUAUAAUUUCAAAAGAAAUCAUAUUAACUGCCGGCCAUAAUUUAACCAAGGAUUUUUCAUUGCGUCUAAAAGAUAUAAAAAUUGCCGUGGGGCUAAAUAACAUAUUGCAUCUCGAUGAUUCUCGAGUGCAAAUUCGAAAAAUACACAAAUACACAACAUUAGAUGACGAGGAUUUGGCGCUCGUAUAUUUAGAUACACACAUUACAUACAAUGAUUUCGUCACAGAAGUAGCUUUGCCUAAAGAAGACUUUUGUAAACCCGGCACGGAAGUGAAAUCAUAUACUUUUGGACCGUGUAGUGAAAAUUUCAUGAAAUCUACUGAAUUGCAUUGUGUGACAUUAAAAAUUCAGACUCCGGAAACGUGUGUCGCUGAAUAUGGACCUAAAUACAAACUCUGUGCUAAUGACAAGUAUAAAUUUAAUGGAAAGAAUUGUACUUUCUAUUGUCAGGGAGACUCGGGUUCGCCACUGAUUAUGGUGGUGAAUGACAGGCCUACACUGGUAGGAGUGUUACUAGGAGGGAACAAGGGAUGUUCCCAAGAUUCGGUAAUUUUUUUUAACGUAUUUUUCAUUAAAGAAUGGUUAUUGGAAACACCAGACAAAUUUUUAAAUUCAAAUCAAUUUAUGGAAAUGAAAACGGAAGUAGGUAAGCUUGCUAAGUACGCUAUGUAGAUAGCUUAGCAGACAAACUGCAUAAUAAUGUUAAAUAUUUAAAUACAUAAUCAUACAUAUAAAAAUAGAGCCUAAUCUUCUGCAUAAAGAAGAUAGGUACUCUUGGCUUUAGCUGAGAUGGUUGCUGAAACUCUGUAUAUUAUGAUUAUUAUUUAUGUUUUGUGUUAUUUUGAACUUUAUUUGGUUCUCGAGCUUUUCAUGAAAGAAUACAUUAUUCAUAAAAGAAAACUAUUAGAGAUUCACAGCUGAGAAAAUAAAUUGCCACCGUGUGACAAACACAUGAGUCAUCCUAACAUUCAGCGUUACACCCAAAACGUCAUCACCAAGUGAAAAUUCUAUUGCUAAUCAACCAUGUGUGCAGAGCAACGGCAGUGCCGUCAAGAAAUUAUUCUUCGUCCAGCAGAUUUUUGGGCACGAGUGCAACAACAAGCAUAUUAACGCUGCGCAUCUUCACCAUCGAUGACGUUGACGAUCGAAUAAAAAUCAGACCAUCAACAUACAAGUGCGCAGGCCACACCGUUUUUCAUAGUGUCGUGAUAAGCGGUACUUGCCGAGAACGACGUCAUCGAGGGAUAACAAAUAACAACGGGCAACUGCGUAUUUAUAUUGCAGAGCGCAAAUAACUAAAACCUUUUUAAACUUGAUUCCGUUCAAAAUUGUUGCGAUUUUCGAAGGGUCGACCUGGAUUGUAACAGUUUUGUGCGGUCUUACGGUAAAGUGAAAACAUAACUGCGAUGCAAUUAAACGGGAGCUAUGGCUGACGUGUCACACAGGGAUGUCUUCCGCUCGUCUCAUUUUAGAAUUUCGAUUUUUGUGGAAUCUACAUAUUUUUCUGAGACAAGUCUGGAGCUAUUACGAGCAAAAUUAACGACAGCACAUAAUGCAUACGAAAAUGUGCAGAGUAGCGUGCAGAAAAACAACGCUGGACCGAGCAUGCCUAUAGCAUAGCAACAACCUCACCAAGGUACCCACUAUGCAAGGAGCCACAUCCGUCAGGAAUGAGAAGCUGCGGAACUGGAAGAUAAGUAGCUACUUUAUUUACCUAUUAACCUAAUUAAAAAACUUAAACAUUUUCUAGAUUUGCGAUGAAAAUACAAAAAUUAUGGCUGUAGAUGCUAGAUAUGGAGAACGUGCUGGCAAUAGUUUUGUUUGGCACUUAAGUGGUGAGAGAGGAACUAUUUAUUAGGCAGGAGAUCAUCAGGGUAAUAUGAAAUGAAUUUUAACCUUACUUAACAAUCUUUUCCUCUUUCUUGUCUAUGAUGUAGGAAAAAUUGCAGUUUUUUUUGUUCACAUGAUUAGACACACACUUUAAAUUAUUUAAUUGCUUGCGAUCUAGAACGUCGAUUUGAGUUUGCUUCAAAGUUUAAGCACAUUUAAUACCAAUUUAAAAUCAAAUUGUGGUGUGGAAUUUUAAACGGGCAAAUCAUAGGACCCUUUGAAUUGCCCGACACACCUUAUAGUGAAAAUUAUUUAGAAUUUUUUGGAAAACAGAAUCUGUUUAUUAUUAGAUAAUAUUGCUCUCGCCCUGUUCCAGUCUAUGUGGUUUUAGCAAGAUGGAUGUCCAGUCCAUUUUGGAAGAAAUUUCAGAAGUUUUUCAGACAGAACUUUCUCUGAGCGAUGGAUCGGUCGUGGUGGAACAAUAACAUUGCCCAUUAGGUCACCGGACUUGAAUCCAUUAGAUUUUUCGUAUCGGGGUUGCCUAAAAGAGAAUAUUUUUGUUCAGCCAAUAUGCACUGUUAUUGAACUUAGGGAAAAAAUUGAAACUGCGGUCGAGGAAAUGAGAAGUUCUUAAAACGUUGUCAAGUAUGUUUAAAUGCAGGAGUAGGGCAUUUCGAACAAUUGCUAAACAAAAAUAUGCAUAGAUAUAUACCUUUUUUUAACUUCCGAACAACGGCUUGGUUUCAACGGCUUCCGUUCCUUGGAAGCCGUUGAAACCAAGAUCUCAAUACAUAGCAAAGAAAAGACAGCGUUUCCAAAUAAAACUCCAGUUUGUUCAAGAUCUCUGCAUACUUCAAAGCGCAAUUUCAAAACUCCAUCUUGCAUUUGCUGUCACGAAACACAUUACCUAUAUCUUCGUCCACAAUUUAAGGCUUUUUCUUCCGACAAAAAAUAGAGUUUGCAAAAAACAAUAAUCUUUGCUUAAAUUGUCUUUUCAUGCACAAAUUCUAGUUUCGAAACGCUAGUUAAAGCACUAGUUAUGUCAUCAAUUAGUGACUACCUAUAAAAGUAUCCCGUUCGUCAACUUUACCAAAAGAAUUCGACUAUAUUACUCUAGCUGAUCCAUCUUUUUCUAAGCCUGGUAAUAUCGACAUUCUCAUCGGUACUGAUAUCUUCCACGAAAUAAUUCUUGAUGGUGUAAUAAGGCCUCAAAACGGACCUUUAGACCAGCAUACAGAACUGGGUUGGAUAUUAUCUGGUCCUAUUAAUUCAAAAAAUAGUUUAUCUAUUGAAAACAUAAGCUCCUUUCAUACACAAGUCAAUGCAAUUGAUAAUUCACUUCGAAAGUUCUGGGAAUUAGAAGAAGUUUCUACUUCAAGAAUUUCUACUCCUGAAGAAACAGCUUGUGACAAUUACUUUCAAAAUACAUUUUCUCGUUCUGCUUCUUUCCUGUCCAUCGUUACAAAACGAUCUUUCAUCAGUCAUUCUGAAAUGGCGUACAUUUCUCUUCGUUUUCACAUCGGACAUUGAGAAAAUGUUCCGACAAAUCAUUGUUCAUCGUAUCGACUCUUUGUGUUCUCUCCUGCUGACACUAUAUACAGAACAGAAUACGAAAGGAUAGAAAUAGAUGGGAAGCUAGUUCUCUUUUGUUAUGUCUGCCUCGUUCGUCUGUUGGAGUAGGAUGAUGUGUCGAGGUUUGGCCAAUCCCACAAUUAAGGUAGAACGACGAAGACCUACAAAGAAAUGACGUCCGAAGGUUUUUUUGCUGCAUUCCGAAGGUUCACUGCGCGAAGAGGAAGCUGUAGUCACUUGUACAGUGACAAUGGAACCAACAUUGUGGGAGCCAACAAAGAGCUUAUAAAGAUGAAUCGUCAAUUUCUUCAAAUUCUUUCGCCUGACGUCCGUGCCCAGAUGGAAAAUAAAGGAACUUCCUGGAGUUUUAUUCCGCCUGGGAGGCAGGAGUAAAAUCAGUUAAGUAUCAUCUUUAACGUAUUUUAUCAAAAAAAAAUUCAUUCAUAUGCAUACACUUCUAGUUCAAAUCGAAGCCUCACUAAACUCCAGACCGCUGUGUCCACUCACCGAUGACCCUACGGACUUAAGUGUACUCACUCCUGCCCAUUUCCUUAUUGGAGAGCCUACGAAUAUUGUUCCAGAACCAUCACUACUUGAUCUUAAAACCAACCGACUCAACAGAUGGCAACAUAUCCAACAAAUGUUCCAGCACUUUUGGGAUAAAUGGCACAAGGAAUAUCUAUCACGCCUUCAACAACCUCCAAAGUGGACCAAAUCCAAAAGAAACAUCGAAAGAAAUGACAUAGUCAUCAUCCACUGGCUAGAGUAGUGGAGACUCAUCCAGGUGCAGACGGCAUAUGCAGGGUUGUAUCUGUGUAUGCAAAUGGAAAACAAAAAACAAACGCCCAAUCACAAAGUUAUGUCUACUUCCGGAAGUUAACUCACCAAAUUCAGCAUGUAACGACAAUUCCACUACAUAACAACAUUCAACUUUAUUUAAACAUCUGUAAUCAUUUCAAAAAGAUUCAAUAUUCUCAACAACGUUAGCGAGUAUCAGGCGCUAAAAAUCCUGAUCCUUUUUUUCAACAUUCAUUCUAAUGUAUAUAAGAGGAAAUGCUUGUAUACCAUUUUUUUUAUUUUUAUUAAAGUAUCUGUUUUUGUAUCUUAAGUAAAGAAGAUUAGUUCUUCCCCGACGGUAUGUUUAGGAUCUAUUACAAUUAUUUCCGAAAUUAAUAUUGUAAAUCUUAACGAAACUAAUGGCAACGCCUCUAGCUUAAGCCAAGAGCAAGUUGUCCGUAAUCUCUUUCACUUUGGCUGCAUACCGCAUCGGGAUAGGUUCUUUUUUUCAUAAUUAAAUUGGUAGAUACUUUAUUGUCUAUUAUAUUGAAAUAAAUUUCCAUACUAUAUAUUUAAAAUUAAA